AUGUCAUCACUGGGACAGUUACUUAAGAACCAUCAACAAAAACAAGCAGAUACAAAAAGACAGAAUGAUCAACUAAGAAAGGAUUGUGCAAAGUCUAUGAAUGAGCUGACAGAUAGACUGACAGAUCAAGUUAACCAAGGAGUGUCAGAUAUAUUUGGUAGACAAAAGGAAUUGGAACAAGAAUCCCGUAAACUUGGAGUGCAGACGAGCCGUUAUGUGAAACAAACCAAGCAAUGGGUUGCCUUGGUAGAUGAUUUUAAUAGUUCACUUAAAGAAUUGGGUGAUGUUAAACACUGGGCAGAAUUGAUGGAGCAUGACAUGAGAACAGUGAUGGCCACACUAGAGUUUGUACACCAAGGUGCUGAAGGAAAGGAUUCCAUUCAAAAGUGA